CAGCCAGGCUGUCUUCCUGGCUGCUACUUGGGCAGCAGACAAACUCUAGGAGCAGAGCUCCAAAUGAGGCACAGCUGCAAACAGUCCAAUAAGAAAGUCUAGUCAGUGAGAGAGGGUCACCAAGGCAUUCAAUUCAGACAGGAGGGAGCAAUACACCAGGGAAUGGGACACUCCAACACCAACGUGCUGCAAACAUGGGCCCAGCUCACCUCCACCUAGUUGGAGUAGACUACCUCUGCAAGUCCUAUUACCUGGACCUAAGGGCCAACAAGCAGAUUGGCAAGUCAGCAGUUUAAUGCUAAUCAUUGAACCUUUGAGAAGGAAUAAAUACUAGCUUUAUUGUCACUCUUUAGAUUAUACAUUUCUGUUUUAUUGUAUCUCAUAUUUUUUUAAUUAAUUUAAAGGCUACCAUAGAGAAUGGGUUAGCAGUUAGAAGAAGGAAUCAAGAGAGUUGCAUCUUGAAGGUUCACCCUUGUUCAGCAACAUUGAAGAAGGACCAGCCAGUAAAGUGAAGAACCCUAGCAGGCAGGAAGAGAGCCAAGAGAAUAAGUCAAGGGAGGAAAAAUUUCCUAGAAGACAAGUGUUAAAGUAUGAAAGUGAAGGGCUUUUUAAAGUUUAUUGAGGAGAGGUAGCACUCAUGGGAAUAGGGGGUAAAAGAGCCACUGCUGACUUUCAAGAGGAUCCUUUUUCUAGAAAAGUCAGUAAAAGUCUCAUUUAGAGAGAUUAGAGAAGGAAGGGCCAUAAAGCAGUGGAAGUGAAAAAUAGGUCUGUGGUUUGCAGUGAUUGGUAAGAAAAGGUGUGAAAGAAAGAGGACAGUACUUUGAAGAGGUUGCAAAGUUGCAGGUGUAAAGCAUUUAACAACUGUGCUAAUCUGUGCUAAAUAAAAUGGUAUCUUACUAUUAUUACUACUACUACUAGAGACAAAUAGGAUCCAAAACUCAAGACUCAGUAGAAGUCUUGGUCUUCAGUGCAGGUGCUGAAGCACUUUGUGUUUUUUCUUAAUUUGUACUGUGGCUUAUUCUACAGAUUAGUCAAAAGAAGUUGAAAAAAUAUGAGAAAGAAUAUCACACCAUGAGGGAGCAGCAGGCCCAACAAGAAGACCCCAUCGAGAGAUUUGAGCGGGAGAAUAGGCGCCUACAAGAAGCUAACAUGAGGUUGGAACAAGAAAACGAUGACUUAGCUCAUGAGCUGGUGACCAGCAAGAUCGCACUGCGAAAGGACUUGGAUAACGCUGAGGAAAAGGCAGAUGCAUUGAAUAAGGAGCUACUGAUGACCAAACAGAAGCUGAUUGAUGCAGAAGAAGAGAAGAGACGGUUGGAAGAAGAGUCUGCUCAGUUAAAGGAAAUGUGCCGUCGGGAACUUGACAAGGCAGAAUCUGAGAUUAAGAAAAACAGUUCCAUCAUUGGUGACUACAAACAGAUUUGUUCUCAGUUGAGUGAAAGACUGGAAAAGCAGCAGACAGCUAAUAAAGUGGAAAUUGAGAAAAUUCGGCAAAAAGUGGAUGACUGUGAUCGCUGCCGAGAGUUUUUCAACAAAGAAGGACACGUGAAGGGCAUCAGCUCAACCAUGGAAGUUAUGGAUGAGGACACAGAUGAAGAGAAGGAAACGCUCAAGAACCAGCUGAGAGAGAUGGAGCUAGAAUUGGCACAAACCAAGCUCCAGUUGGUGGAAGCUGAAUGCAAGAUCCAGGAUUUGGAGCAUCAUCUAGGCCUUGCCCUCAAUGAGGUGCAGGCAGCCAAGAAGACUUGGUUUAACAGAACACUGAGCUCCAUAAAGACGGCAACUGGGGUUCAAGGAAAAGAAACUUGUUAAGAACAGCUGCUGCCUCCAGACACCUGCAGAAAACACACCACCUUUUGUUGCCUUCUGUGGCCAGUUGUGUGAUUCUGUGACACAUUCCAGGAAUGGAAUGUCCUAAGAUCUGUGACACAUGUUGGAGGGUUGCUGGGCCAGAGCUCUGGGUAAGGCUCUCCUCACUACUGACACCAACAGGCCUGCCAUCCAGCUGAUGUUUGGGACACACACACACCAGAAAUCACUCCUCAGUGUGCCACCCAGGCCUUUUCCCAUGUAGGUCAACACCUCACCCAUCCUGAAGGCUGAGUUUACACAAUCAGAGUUUGGGGAUACUUCAGUGUGUUGAUUUUUUUUUCCUAAAACUUUUUUCUUUUAAAUACGUAUUUUAGAUCUAGAUCUAGAUCUAAAUAUAUAGGGGGAUCAAAAAUUAAAAAUAAUUAUCUGUCAGUGCCAGCAAAGGCUCCCCGAGUAUACAUGGAAAAACACUUUGCUUUAAGUAGGAGGGUUUCAUAGUCAUAGUGGAAGCCACCUAGUUCUGUUAACCUAUACAAGGCACAGGUUUUUGGUUUGGCGUUAUUCAUGUCUCUGAGCGAUUCUAUGCGACUCUCAUAGCCCUAUCAUCAUUUAGCAUUGGCUGCCAAAAUGACUUCACAGUACUGGGGUGGGUGAGCAACAUGACUGUGAGACUGGCUUAAUCAUAACAUGGACAAAUCUUAUUUUGCUUCUGUGUCAGGUAUCCAUACAUAAUACACACACACACCCCUUUCCCAAAAUCCCCAUUGACAGUGUUUCACCCCCCCCCCCAGACUAGGACUGCUGAGCUGCACAGCUCCCUUCUGUGGUUACCUGGGCACUUAUACUUAAAGGUCUGUGGGCUCCAUUGUCCUCCCUGCUGUUGUGGGGGAUGUGAAGAGCUCCAUCACUUUAGGGUUCCUGGUAUGAUUCCACAACAGGCUGUACAAGUGAGGAAGACGGAGCUGUGUAUCUGUGUCAUUGUGAGUAUGCACAUGCUGUGAGGUUCUUGUCCGACUGGCCAGGUCCCUCCCUGACUGGCUGACAGGUCCUCAGCCCUCCCAGAGUGUGGCUGGGUGCGGACCUCACUGUCCAGAUGGGCUCUAGGUUCUCACUUCGUAGCUAUGGAAUGGAGGUUUUAGCACCUUUUUUUUAUUAUUAUUAAAUAAAUAAAAAUUUUGACUCUUAAUUUAUAUAGUGAUAUGCUGACAGGCUGUUCCACAGGUGGUCAUCCUCUGCGUUCCGUGUGGAGGUGGCUGGUUAUAAAAGGCAUUGGUUUGUAUAUAAAGACACUCGGGUUGUUUUUUAUCUUUUUUUUUUUUCCUGUGGGCUGUACUGAUGCUUGCUGAGGUCACCUGUGAUAAGGGAGAUAACAAGUGGCACCCUUCCCCCAGACCAUCCCCUCCAGCCGCUUUCUGUGUCUUUCUUGUUCAGUUACCAAAACAGCUGUAAGCCCAUCUAAUACUAGGUGUGUGGAUAUUGUGCUAGGGUAGUUUAUGUGUCUUUAUGAACUGAAAUAUAAACCAGUAAAAUUGUAUUACUAUUUCUUUUGUUGGCUUUAUUUUAACAGCAUACUCAUUAAAUAUUUUGGUACAAACAGCAUUGUUUUGUAAAAACCAGUUUUAUCAUUACAUGUUCCUGCCCGCCCUUGCCCAACCUCUGCUACCAGCAGAAUCAGAGAGGAUCAGCCUCAUGCUGGCUUGUGUGUGAACAUCAGGUAACACAUCCCUUCUGACGCGCCUCUACCCUCUUCAGCCAUGAGUGUGGUUUCAGACUAUGUGGCAAAGAAAAAUACAGGCUCCAUCCUUUGGGAAACUGAUGCCCCUACUAUCAUAUGUGGCCCUCCCUGAGAAGUACAGUCCUGAGGUGAUAAGCAAGACACUUAAGUAUAUCGGAGAUCUUGGGAGGGGGAAGGGUGGAAUUGGGCCUGGAAAUAUACUCUCAUCUCAUUUGGGACAGAGAUGGGAGAGGGAAUACUAGAGCCACAUGAGAGUGUGUGGCAAAACAGCAACAGAGCCAGAGUGCAUGGGCAGAUGGAUACACUUUUAAAAAACUCUUCACUAGUGGUUCUUCCACAUGCCUGCAUCACAGGGAUGCAGGCCCCAGGCUCUCUGCUGUCCCUUUCUACCCUUUCCCCUCCCUACUUUUCUGAAGCAGGAAGAGUGAUGCUUCUGUAACCCUGUGUUUCCCCUCCACAUCUGACCUACCCUCCCAGGACUCCCCACCCCCUUUGAACAGUAGCCUGCUGAGACACAGACCAUGGCUUCAUGCCUGCAAGAAAGGAAGACAGUGGGCCCUGGCCUGUCUUUUCUCCAUGCAUUGAGGCUGGGGAAGUUUCUAGCCAAUCACAGGUACCCUUGCAAAGACCAGGACAGUGGCUCCAGAGCACAGUUAGGAUCCCUUCAAUGCCCAUUGGCUGGAGGGUGUAUUUCUAAGGUCCGUAUUGCUGGCCAGCCUGCUCCAUGCUUUUCCAGGCUCAAAGGUCCCAAUGUUCAGAAGUGUAGAAACUGCAGAAAUCCUCAUCCUGUAGCUGUGCCCUGGCCAAAAGAAAAGAGUCCAUACACCAGACAUCCAUCCCUGAUUGAGAUGGGGAGAGUAACUGUACUGCCUUAUGGUAAGUAGCACAGGGGUAUACAGGACCCUGUGGCACCACUGAAGUAUGUUUGCAAGAGAGACAAAAUGGUAGUGGAAAGGAGGAAAGGCAGGGAAAGGAGAAGGCUCAAAAGAAAAGACAAGAGGUAGCAAGCCCAAAUCUCCACGUCCAUUCUGAAGUCCAAAAUCCAGUGGCCAGGAGUGGGCAGUGAGAAGAUUUAAGUUAAGGAGACCCCACACAGUACCAAAAUAAGCCCAGAACAUACACCUAUUCUGAACUGACCCGAGAGUUGUGAAAACCAGUGCCUUUAUGGAGGGGAGCCUGGUAGGUAGCAUGGACCCCUGGUGGCUUGGGAGGAGUCACUUCACUGCUCAGAGAUUGUGCUGGAUGCUGACACAGAUUUUAAGAUUCAGUGGGAGGAGGAGAAGGGGGCAGAAGAGGAUAUAGACAAAGGGCAUGAAGCCUUACAGAAUGACGACUAAGGCACUCUUUAGAACAACAGGACUGAGCUGUAGGUGCCCUACCCAUCUGUCUCAUAAGUGAAGAAAUUAGGGCUCACAGAAGACCACACAGCUAGAAUGUUACCUUGUACCUAACCCCCAAAGCCAGCUGGUAUAAUCUGCCAUGGAAACCAUACUGCAUGAACAUGUGGAACUCAGGGCCAAGACCAAAGCACAACCUGGAAUGUGUAUCUCACCCCGCAUGGGCUCUGUCCAGCCUGUGUCAAGUUUGCUUAGCUGUUGUGGAACUCUGGACUCAUCACACAUUCCCUCCUUCAUUUUCCCCCUCAGGUAGAGAAAGGCAAAGCUGGGGUCAGCACCUGGCUAACUAGGCUGCCUUUUCUUCAGUCCAUGCUAGCGGGCUAUAAAUCCAAAGUGGUGGUAGAGCCUGGUGUCACAACGUGAAGCAACACACCACCCAGUGUUGCCAUCCACUUACCUGCAGGCAGUGGUAAUAGCUCUGUCCUGUCUCCUCAGCACCUCCCUCUGGGCUCUAGAGGGCCGAGCCUCACUGGUCUCUCCUGCAGGAAUCUUCCUGGGCAUGGCUGCAGGAGCUUCAGCUUUGGAGUCAAAGUGUUCUGCCUCCCAGCAGCUUUGCCAUGGCUUCCUGAUUUGUUACAUCUAAGUUCUGGCAACCCCUGGGGUGGGUGUGAGGGUCAGGAGUGUGGGUUGUGAGGAGCACCUGGGCAUGCUACAGCUUAGAACUCAGCACUCACUGGCACUUCCAACACCUAAGCCAGGUGCCAACUUGAAGGUUCAUGGGCAGAAAACUUCUUGCAGAGGAAGUUCUUUAAGGACCACAGCCAGGAGCAUGGACUAGGCCCCAGCCCCACUCCCAAGCUGCUGGCCAUGUCAGGAGCCUCCAUGCCUUUGUGUAAAGAGAAGAACCCGUAAGAUGGACUGAGCUAAUCUUACUUGAACCUUCUCUUCACUAGAGUGGAUCCUGCACAAACAGUCCAGCCCAUUGCUAUU